CGAAAAUGAAGGUUCUGUUCGUGUGCAUUGGCAACACAUGCCGGUCACCAAUGGCCGAGGCCAUACUGAAGCAUUUGGUAGUGAAACGGAAUCUGCAGGACUGGUAUGUGGACAGUGCUGGCCUCAGGAGUUGGAACGUUGGCCUGGAGCCCCAGGCACGUGGACAACAAUUGUUAAAACAGCAUGGUUUGAAAACAAACCACUUGGGUCGUAUGAUAAGCGCUCAAGACUUCUAUGACUUCGAUUACAUAUUCGCCAUGGACAAUAGCAACCUAUUGGAGCUUGAGCAUAUGGCUGCUUCUCUUACUCCCAGUCCGACAUGCAAGAUUCAAUUGCUGGGUAGCUAUAUUGGACGCAAGGAGGAUGAGAUCAUCGAGGAUCCAUACUUUAUUCAAGGCAUGGGAGGCUUUAAUGCUGCAUAUCUGCAGAUUCUGGAAAGCUGCGAACGAUUUCUGCAACAUUAUAAAUCGGAUGACAAGGAGUUAUCAUUAGGAAGUUAAUAGAAGUGUCAUCAUUCAUUGUUUGGUAUAGGGUUAUUUCCUAUUUCGUUGCUGAAUAAGUUCAUGUCCAGCUGACUAUUUCUUAUUAAAAAGAGCAAAUUGAAACUUAGCAC